AUGGUGUCAAACGCCCCGACACCGCCCUUUGCCUUUGCGCAUCAGCUAUCGCGGAACCGAGACACACUGGCCCGGCACGUGCCGGGACACCCCCGCGUUCCUCUGGAGGACCGGAGCAAAGUGUGGGACUUGCUGGCCAAAGAAUUCUGCUCGGACGACCUUGACCGGAUCGCCAACAGGCUCUGGUGGAUGUCAAAACAGGACAGUGGAAACAUAUCGCCGCUCCACCGGCAGCUGGUGAAACGGCGCGCCAUCGUCGUCACGGAGGACCCGAAGCUCCACUUGGUGUGGAUCUACGACCGCGUCUUCAUCAAGCCGCUCCCGCGAUACAUCGGCUCGUACGCGUUUUGGCGGGACUAUCUCUGCACGGAGGCUGGUAGCGGAGGACGAGGAGAAGGCAUCCGACGAGCGGCGCUGGGCUACUUGAGGACCUACUAUCACCUCGUGAAGUACGAGUCGGACUUGCGCAUCGCCCAGGACCCUAGCCUGUGCCUCGUCCCGCCGGACAUCACCUGGGAGCAGUUCUGCGACUUCACGUCCAGCCUGGGCGACGUUGCAGACCGGGACGUCUCUCUGCGCUACACCUACGGCGAGAUCCGCCUGACGCGGCUCAACUUGUACGCUCCGCUCCUCCUCGGCAAGUCGCACUUCCAGAGGGUCGAGUACCAGUACGGGUCCUACUUUGCGCGCUUCGUCGGGCCGAUCCUGUUCGUGAUCGGGUUCGCGUCGGUGGUCCUGAGCGGAAUGCAGGUCCUCGUCGCGGUCGGGAACGGCGGGGAGGGUGGUUGGAGGGGGGCGGCGUUCUGGAUCAGCGUCAUAGUGAUCGCGCUGUCCAGCAUCGUCCUCUUCGCUCUGGGCCUCCUCCUGGUGUACAAGGUGGCGAAGGAGUGGAAGUUUGCGAUUCGCGACCGUCUGCGGUUGUUGGAGGAGAAGCGGGCGGCGGAGUGA